GGUGUGAUUGCCAGUGCCCUGUCUCUUUUUCAGACCUUGAAGCUCUCUCAAGCAGUUCUAAUGGUUGGUCCAGCUGGCAGUGGUAAAACCACGUGUUAUCAAGCUUUAGCAGGUGCACUCCGCAAACUAGCAGCUAGGAUAUUGGAAGUUGUUGAGGAUACUUCCAAUGAAGGAGAAACCACUGACACAGACCUUCAGGACUCAACCUCCAUUAGUUGGUACUCUGUUUAUACAGUGGUCUUAUUCCCCAAUGCACUUCUUCAUGAGGAAAUCUUUGGUGCCUGCACUGAACAACAGUGCACAUGGCGGGAUGGGGCUUUCACAAAAGUGCUUAGAGACUCAGAGCGGCAUGACCUGUCAGCCAACCCUUUCUCCAAACUGGGAAAAAGAAGAACGCUCAUCCGUAAGAUGAAAUGGUUAGUUCUGGAUGGUGACCCACUGGCUACACCUGGUUGGUUGGACAGGUUAAGCACACUUGGAAAAUCGCAACCCUUUCUUUCUUUAUCAUCUGGAGAGAAAGUGUGGCCUUCAAGAGAAGAAAUGAGGGUAUUAGCUGAAGUUACUGACAUUAGCGGUGCAUCCCCAUCUGCAGUGACACAGUGCUGUUUAGUGUACUUCUCUGGGAAAGACUUGUGGAAGUCUGUGUGGAAGGCUGAGAUGGAUUUUCUCUACAGGGAGCAUACACUGGACCACAGCACCAUGCAAAUGUGGAAGAGCAUGGCAGCAGACCUGUUUGCUAGGACGCUCACAUUCAUCAAGUUAAACGCCCUUACAUCAGUGAUGUUGACUGAUAACAAUGCAGCCAAAAAUUCCAGCUAUGGUGCUUCAGACGGAUUGCAGGAAGUUAUGUCUUUCAUCAGAAUCCUCAAUGCUCUGUUGGACCAGUGCCGGAAGGGAUAUGGGUUGAAGUGUCCACCAAAAGAAACACAAGAUUCACUGAUUGCUUCCAUUUCCACUGAGGUUUGUGCCAGAAACAUGUUUGUGGUGGCCUACAUCUGGGGCUUUGGUGGGCAUCUACAUCCUAGGUGAGAGUUUUACAGAUAGAAUGCAGAGCUCAU